GAAUGACGAUGCGAUGUUUUAUGUUUGUAAACAAACCGUCGUUCGCUGCCGGAUAUGUUGUACAAGCGAAUUCUCAGCAACCUUUUGCACAUUUCGGUUGAUACAAUUAACUACACCGUGGGUAGGAGAACAGCGGCAGGCAAGUGGACCGAAUUUAUAGCCCAGCGUAGGAUGGAAGCGUGCGCCGCUGCUCGACCAAAUCCGGUCGUGAUGACGGUUGACACUCCGGAAUUCCGGUCCAUAUUCACCAAGGAGCUGGAUGACCUAAUUGAACUGUUCAAACGGUACAAAUUCGAGAUUCGGGUUGCUGGUGGUGCAGUCAGAGAUAUUCUAAUGGGGAAUGUUCCCAAGGACAUCGAUAUCGCCACGACAGCCACGCCAACGCAGAUGAAGGAAAUUUUCACCAAAGAGAACAUCCGGAUGGUAAACAUGAACGGCGAAAAGCAUGGUACAAUUACUCCCCGCAUCAAUGAUAAGGAAAAUUUUGAAAUUACAACUCUGAGGAUUGAUGCGGUAACGGAUGGUCGACAUGCUGAAGUGAUCCACACGACCGAUUGGUUGUUGGAUGCCAAUCGACGCGAUUUGACCAUCAAUUCCAUGUUCCUUGGAUUCGAUGGAAAGGUGUAUGAUUAUUUUUAUGGUCACGAUGAUCUGUUGAAAAGACGGGUGGCUUUCGUUGGGGAUCCAGAUAAACGAAUCAAGGAAGAUUACCUCCGUAUUUUGAGGUACUUCCGGUUUUAUGGACGCAUAGCGGAUCACGCUGACAAGCACGAUGCAGAAACAUUGCGUAUUAUAGCGAAAAAUGCUCCUGGAUUAGCCAGAAUUAGCGGCGAAAGGAUUUGGCAAGAGUGGAAAAAGAUCCUAACUGGGAAGUUUGGAUGUGAUUUGACAAAGAAGAUGCUGGAAUGUGAACUCUCGCCACACAUGGGCCUUCCAGAAAAUCCGAACCUAGAACAUUUUCAAGUCGUGUAUAAAAAUGUGGAAAAAAUUGGACCCGAACUUCAACCAAUUACGGCGCUUUCGGCUUUACUGCAUACACCAGAAGAUGCUAUCGCACUGAAUCUACGCCUUAAAUUCACGGUAUUCGAACGAGAACUUUGCUACUUUCUGACGCAAAACCGCGACGAGUUCAAAUCCGUAGACGAAUUGCUUCAAUUCCAGCAGCUCUGCCUUCACACCCUGGGAAGCGUAAAAGUGAAGAAAGAAUAUGUUCUCGAAUUGCUGCGCUACUUGGGCAAGCGAGAUCUCUAUCAAAGGCUUCAUGCCUGGCGCAUACCGGUUUUCCCGAUUAAAGGUAAUGUCCUGUUGCAGCAUGGCGCCCCGAAAGGACCCAAACUGGGGGAGGUACUUAGUGAGCUUAAGAUGAUCUGGGCUGAGCACCAAUUCGAAAUGAGCGAAGAGGAUCUUUUACAGCAUGUUCCCGCAGUUUUGGACAAGUUAAAGCUCGGAAAGGACAAGUAGAAUGUUACAGAGUUUGUUAGUUAUGUUAUUGAAGAGUUGAAUAAAGCUGUUCAUUUUUUUCUGAA